AAUAAGAAAAUAAUAUACACGCCAAGGUCAAGCCACAUUUGCAAGUUCCAUGAAAUUUGUGAACUUUUUUCCAAUCCUUAUAUAUGCAAUCUGCUGUGCUGACCUCUAAUUCUAAUUGCUCCUUGCCUUUCAUUCUCAUCGCCUGAAAGUUUUUUUGUUUUCUUUCCCCAUUUCUAUGUUAUCUUUCUAAGCCCUGACGCUCUUCAAUCCUUUCUUUGAUUUUGCAAUAAACAAGAAUUGGCUAGCUACUAUAAUCAGAUUCGCAAUUCUGCUAGAUUGUUUAAACCCAAGUUAUAAACAUGACACUCUCCGCGUUACAGGGCUUCAAGCAUUGCUUAGCGGAGCACCCAUCAAUAGUAAACUUCCGGUGGAGCAUUACCCAGACAUGGGGCUCCACCUGGUUCUUUAUCUUUUCUGCCAUAGCCAUCUACAUCGCCGCCUCUGUCACCCUCCACAUCCUCCUCUCCCUUCUCCUCAGCCGUAGCCGCCGUGUCUCACUUGGCCCCAUCCCAGCCAUCCACAGCCUCACCAUGGCGCUUAUCUCGGCCUUCAUUUUCAUCGGUAUACUUUUCUCAACCGCCGCCGAGAUCCGCGACACGCGAUGGUUCUGGCCUCGCACCAGGACCACAACUGCGUUCCAGUGGCUCCUUUGUUUUCCACUUGGGACGCGCUCCACCGGCCGCGUCUUCUUUUGGUCCUACGCUUUCUACCUCUCUCGGUUCCUUCACCUAUUCCGUACAUUCUUCACAAUCCUCCAGCACCGUAAACUCUCCUUCUUUACGCUCUUUAACCAAUCCAUUCUCUUGUUCAUGUCCUUUCUUUGGCUCGAAUUCUCUCAGUCUUUCCAAGUGUUGGCUAUACUCCUGACAACUUUAUUAUACUCUCUGGUUUAUGGGUACCGGUUUUGGACUGCAAUAGGGUUGCCAAGGGCACAUUUCCGUUUUGUAGUGAACUUGCAGGUUGUUCUUUUGGGUUGCAAUCUACUCUGCCAUUUUGGAGUGCUUUUCUUGCAUUUCUUGAAAGGUGGGUGCAAUGGGAUGGUAGCUUGGGGCUUAAACUCUGUAUUGAAUGGCGUGAUUCUGCUGUUGUUUUUGAGGUUUUACGUGAAGUUACAUUUGAUAAAGAGGAAGGCCAGCAUGGUGAGUGAAUUCGAGGGUUCUUAUUCGCUGCAUGUGCACUCUGCUUCGGAGAUAAGGAGUGAAAAAGCGAGUUGAUGAGUUCACCUGAACUAGGUUCUCCUUCCAAGUUCCCCCCACCCCUCCGGAUUCAUGUGUACAGAAACUGUAUUUUCUUGAAUCUUGACUUGUAAUUAUGUAAAGAAAUUAAUUGUAUUAUAAUCAUAUUAUACAGAACUGGGUAUUUCCAAUACAGGAGAAGCAGUUGGGUAAACCAACAUCAGCAAUUUUGCUGGGUCAACGCGAUGAAAAGGCAAGCCGCCCAUCUCCGCUGGCUGCCGCCUCAUUUCUUUAUCUUUUAUUUUUCUUUAUUAUUAAUUUUUCUCUUUCUCUUUCUUGGGUGCUGGUCUUCUGUUUUCACCAUUAUUAAUUUCCUCUAUAACUUUCAAUGCCUUGUACAGGUCGUAUAAGUUAAGAUUAUAUAUAGACAGAGAUUGCAGUUGAUAAAAAAUUAAAUAAAAA